AUAAUUCAAAACCCCACUUCUGUUAUAAAUACAUACUCUUCUUUUACUCUCUUUUCAGAUUUUAUCAUCAACUUAUUACCAACAAUGACUCGUUUCUCAAGAGUUCUUUUAUCCCACCAGAAACCCUUUUCAUCUUCAGCUCCACCACCUGAGUCUGUCACUUUAGAAGAGUCUGAUUUUGUGUUGGUUCUAGCUGUUCUUCUUUGUGCUUUGAUAUGUGUGGUGGGUCUGGUAGCUGCAGCUCGCUGUGCCUGGCGUCGCCGCCGCAACGCUAACCGUCCCUCCUCAGCAGCAAACAAAGGGGUUAAAAAGAAGGUGCUACAAUCUCUCCCCAAGUACGCCUUCACCACAACCACAGAGUUGGCAGCAUUAUCCUCCACAGACUGUGCCAUUUGUUUAGGUGAUUUUGCUGAAGGAGAUGAGAUGAGGAUGUUGCCACAGUGUGGCCAUGGCUUCCAUGUUGUUUGCAUAGACAAGUGGCUGGCUUCACACUCCUCUUGUCCUUCAUGCCGUCAGAUUUUGGUGGUUGCCAGGUGCAAGAACUGUGGUCAGUUCCCUGCCGCUGGCGCUUCUUCUGCUGCUGCUGGUGUUGGUGGUGGUGGAGGAGGAGGAGCUUCUGUUACUGAGGCGCAAGUGAAGGCCGAGGAAGAUAGCGCUUCCAAUGCUAACGAUGAUAAUAAUAAUAAUAAUAAUAAUAAUAAUAAUAAUAAUGAUAAUGUAUUCUUGCCUUAAUCAAUAUUGAGUAUGGAGAUGUACAGGUUAUCUUUAAGAUCCAUAUGCAUAUCUGCAUGCAUUUACUUAAAAGUCUGAUUAGUUACAGAAUGAGUUGUUAUGUUGACAACUUUUGUUUUCUUUGAUCAAAGUUGUUCGGAUCAAUUUAUGCAUAAUGACUACUUGAUUUCAUUGAGAGGACUAUAAGUUUAUCAGAGGAAUAAAAGUUUGUAUGAUCAAGUGUUAACUGUAAGGAUAUUAUGAUUAUAAUAAAGUGCUUAUAUUUUAGAUUA